CCAAAUCAGCCCAACUUUUCUUAAGCCCAAGCGACCAUUUUAGCAGCCCUAUUUUUACCGAAAGAGACAGCCGCCUCCUUCAUUCUUCCUUAUCUCUCCCACAGCAGAAUCAGGAAAUCCCCCACACCAGAUCGUAAUCGAUCGAUCGACAGAAAAAGCAUCUCCCUCCCCUAAAAUUUUCCCGUCGACCAUCUCUAUCGGCUUUCACUUUUCACCAAAUCUUACGGCCAAGUCGCCAUCUUCCUCUUCCCCGACCGACCGACCGACCUCCGGCAACCUUCCCCCAGCCGUCGUCUCCCUCGACCAACGUCCGGUCGCGUUGAAGCCAGCACCGCCGAGAGAAGCAGCCGUCAAACCCCUGUCCACGAGCAGUCUUGCCGGCGUCCGUUCACCAUCCAUCGUCGCCGCCGCAGCCGCCGAACGGGCGAGCCCUACCGGACGGACAGAGAGCAGCCAUUUCCGGCAAGGAGCAGCGAACGCCGGGAAAACCGCGACCGGGAACCGCCAACCAACAGAUUGCCGGGCGACCAGACCAGUGGGCUGAGAGGGUUCCGAACACCUUCAUUUGGCAGCUACUAGUCGCGGAUGAAACCAACCAUCGCCGGCGCUACAAGGUCCGACCCGACCAACGGCUGAGUUUUUCUUUCUGACGGCGGGCUGAGGCGCCAUUUUCUGAUUGAAGAGUACCGGGGCUGAGGGCCUUUUUCCGGUGAUUUGAGCACCAUCCGAGAGUGGGCUUUUCGUGGACUGAGCGCCUUGAUUUCGAACAGCCACCGAGAGCUUGAGCAGCGGCAGACAGGGCCAUUUUCGAGAACGUGUGGGUUUCCGGGCUGCAGCGAGAGUCUUCCCGAGGCCACUAGUGACCAUGUUCGAACCUCAAUCCGCUUUUCCUCUUUCCGUGUAGAAUGGAGGAGCAUGGUAAUCUCGAUUUUCUCUUCUAUUUUCGUUCGUUUAGAUCCCUGUUUUGCGAUGUGCGACUCGUUGGAGAUUGAGAAUAUGUUAUUCUGAAUUGUGGAUUGCGAAUCUUUUCGUGAACUGUUAAUUGUGAAUCUUUAUAAAUUGUGGAAUCGAGACCUUGAGUAAAUCUGUGGAAUUGGUGGUUUCGGAUCUUGUAAAUGGAGAUAUAGUUAUGUGAAUAACUUGGUGUGAAUAAAUAUUGAUUUAGUGGGAUAUUGGGAUUUUUGGAUUUGAGCUAUGUUGGUGAGAUUAAUUGGUGAAGAAAUUGUGUUAAAGUUGUGCUUAACUUGGGAGAUUACAUUCGUGUGCUUAACUUGGGAAAAAUAAUGGACUUGAGACUUUGUUUUUGUUGCCUUGGGAUUGUGUUGAGAACAUUGAAAAAUUUGAGUUGUUCGGAUCUUUAAAAGUGGAGAAUUAUUUGUGUUAAUUGGUGAAGUUGGGCUCUUGUGAAUUUUGGUUAUAUUUGUGUGUUAAUUUGGUGAUAUUUAUUAUGUGUUUAUCUCGUGAAAAUGUGGAUUCAUUCUGAUUUUAUAUAUCUCGUAUUGGAUGAAUUUAAUAAGAUCGUUUAAUUUGAUUUUCCAUAUGAGGACUUGCCUGUUGCAGUCUUUCACUCCAGUUGAGCAUGAUCUCCCUAUCUAGGUGUGGCCGAAAACUUGUUUUGAACACCAUUACAUAUAAAUGCCCUAGAUGUAGAUGUACUGCACAACUUGCACAACUUAGCAGAUGAUGCCUUGGUUAGUCAUGUUUCUUUUUCCGCUUUUUUCUUUCUCUACACUUCUAUGCGUAUCAGUUAGGGAAAAUUACCCCCUGUACCACCUCAUUUCUUUUUAUUUACCAAAUAACGAGUUUAAAAAUUUCAAUCCACUUAAAUGUUAGUAUCUCAUAUUAACGAGAAUGUAGCCACUCUAAUUCCAGAAUAUGCUCUUUGAAACCCUCAUUAAUUCUCUCCACACAAAAACCUAAUCCUCCUCUUCCAGAAGGUCUGCAUCUCCCCCUUCGACUCCCUCCUCCUGUCGCCUGCACCGUCCACUGCCGCCGAAUUUACAGUCUGAGAUGCGUAAAUUUACAGUCUUAGAUGUGUCCGUGGCGACCGAAUUUGCCGUCGGCGUGGUGGUCGUGGGGUUGUUCCGGGUUUGGGAGUUGAUAGAAGAAUGGUUGGUCUGGGUUGAGUGUGUCGGCGCGGAAGAAGGAGGUGGGAUUGAGGUGUAAGGGAAUAACUCACAGAUCUGUAUUCUCCAUUCUGUUUGCAAUUAGCCUCUUUUUAUUUUUGUUGGUUGAUUUCCUUGGAGGUUGACGACUGAUUGAUUCACCAUGGUCUCGACUAGUAAAAUUAAAUCGGUGGAUUUUUACAGGUAGCUGACAUUUUUCGUCGUUCAUUUUUUAUUUUUGUUGUUAGGUGGAUUGCAUUUUAUUUUCAUUCUGCACUUCUCUGAAUUCUUGUUUGGUGAAUUUUAUAACCUUUGUGGAACAUUAUUCUGAUGGAAUAUUACAAAGCCGUUCUGUGAAAUAUUUAUUUGAUUAAAACAAAAUCAUCAGCCCUUCCUGGGUUUUAUUGUUAAUGAAAGAUCAAAAGAGCUUUAGUUUUCAGUGUGCAAAACUAUGCGGUGAAUCUGUGUAAUGUGCUAUGUGUGCCGAUGAAUUGGUGCAGCUGGUUUGCAAUUGAGAAAAGCUGGUACUCAUGUUGUAUCAGUUGGAUCUUUAUAUGAAUGUAAUUCUGUAAUGAAGACCUGACUAGAUUCAUCAACCUACAUGAUAUUUGACCUGGGCUGAGUGGUGCUAGCUACACAUUACUUUUUAUGUAGGACAUUCUUUUUUGGUUUUUGGGUUUGCAACAUGUCUGGAGAAUGCAUCUAUGCAGUAUCCCACGAAGCAUUUGAAGAUGAUAAUUUUUUGUGGUGCAUGCUCCUUUGCCUGUUUUGCCUGGCAAGAUUUACUUUUAUAUUGUAUGAGAUUAGAAAAUUGUAAUAGCAAUGACUGAUUUUUUUUUUUUAGCUCAUAGCGAAAUAUUAGUUCCACUGAAGAAAAGAGAUGGAAGUAUUUCUAUUGCUGCAUCUUUUACCAUGCUUUUCCUAUUUGUGUUAUGCUCGUAAAAUAUAAAGUUCACUUUUGUUUAAGACGAUAAUGACCUAGAGAUGAAAGAGCGCUAGUAAAACUCAAACAGUUUUAAAUCUUAGUUUAGUGGGAAUCCAAGAAAAUGAUUCGUUUGUAUAAUACUAUAUUGAAAACGUUCUAUUGAAGAUUGUAUGAUAAUAGGUCUGCCGUCCGCCUGUCUCUUGAUAUGAUCUAAUACGAGUCUCAACGUACUGUUGUGUAAUAAGUUGACCUGAGACUUGAGCACAGUUGCUCUGCCGGCUUACAUGGCGGCUCCGAGCCUGCUCUGUUACCAUUAUCAUCAUCUCCACCCAUACGUCAUCACUGCUCCGUUAUGUUGCCCUUCUCUCAGACCCCAACUGUUCAUAUUUGCGAAACCACCCCAAAGCCCUACCAAAACCCCCAUCUCCGUCUCCGUUCCGAUUUUCACGAUUUAUCAGCCCAAAAAAUACAGUAAUUGUAGCUACACUACCUCGACCUUCCCGAGCUUCGAUUCUGAGGCUCAGCAACAAAUAGACGACGGCAAUCGCUUAGAAGAAGUGAGAGAAGCCAUCAGAGAGUAUCUGGAGCAGCUUGGAGUUUCGAGGGAGGACGCGUCUCGCAUUAGCUUUGGCUGCCCCAACUAUUUGAAGAUGCUGAUCGACGGCGUCCAAGACCUUGACGACUUGAACUCGUGGUCCGCCGCCGCAGGGCCCGGUGAUCAAGGGCCUGUACAGUUUAAAAACAGAGUGUAUCAGAUGGCCAAGCAGAAAGGGGACAAAGGUAUUCUCCCUUUCCUGGAGAGCGAAGGACUUCCUCUCUCCCCCGCCACUCGCUUGGCUCGUUAUCUCUCUUCUUCCGGCUCCAAUGUGCUACCUCUCCUUGUUCACAAGGUUAAGUAUGUGAAGGAAAUUUUGUUUUCUGGUAGUCUUGAUUCUGAAUUUAUUGGGAAAAAUGCUCGGCGUAUGAUGACACACCUCUCCAUUUCUGUCGAUGAGGACGUGCAGCAGACUUUGGCAUUCUUUGAAAAGGUUGAAGCAAGGCGUGGAGGUCUGAAUCUCUUGGGUUCUGAUAACACCUCUUUCCGGUACCUCAUUGAAUCUUUUCCACGUCUUCUUUCUCUUCCACUAGAAUCUCGUCUAAAGAUUGGCAUAAGAGAAAAUGAUAUCAGUAAGAUGCUUGUCAAGUAUCCUUGGAUUGUUUCUCCAAGCAUACUGGAGAAUUUUGAGGAAAUUGUUGAUUUCUUUGAUGAUGAGAAGAUCCCCAGAAUUUCAACUGCCAGUGCAAUCAAGAACUGGCCACAUAUUCUAGGAUGUUCUGUAGACAAAAUAGAGCUAAUGGUGGAACAUUUCAGACGAAUGGAUAUUAGAAAGAAGUUGGGUCAGGUUAUCGCUAAAAGUCCACAAUUACUACUUCGCAAGCCUGAGGAGUUUGAUCAGGUGGUAUCCUUCUUUAACGAUUUAGGAUUGGAUGAGAAAGCUAUUUCUAAGACGCUUGCUCGUUGUCCUGAAAUUUUUGCCGCAAGCAUAGACGAAACUCUCAAGAAGAAGUUGGAGUUUCUUUCUAGUGUCGGGAUUUCUGAAACCCAUCUCCCGAGAGUUAUCAGGAAAUACCCAGAAUUAUUUGUUUGUGACGUCGACAGAGCAUUAUAUCCUAGAGUAAGGUACCUGAUGGAAGUCGGAUUUUCAGAAAGCGAUAUAGUGUCCAUGUUACACAGAUUCUCACCGAUACUCGGGUAUAGCGUAGAAGAAAAUUUGAAGCCAAAGUUGGAGUUCCUAGUGAACAACAUGCAAAGGCCUCUGAGUGAUGUGGUUGCUUACCCGAGAUAUUUCAGCUACUCACUGGAGAAGAAGAUAAGGCCCAGGUAUUGGGUUUUGAAAGGUAAGAAUGUGGAAUUUACAUUGAAAAAUAUGUUGGGUAUAAACGAUGAAGAAUUUGCUGCUGCGUAUUUAGAACUGGGAGAGAUGCUUGUUCUUCCUCCUUGAGGGAGUUUUUCUUUGUGCUUGUACAUAAAUCUCUUUAUUUGAUGGAAUUUGCCCUCAAGGAUAUGUUAUAUCCUUUUCUUGGAAAAAACAUUUUUUCCAUAGUAAAAUAUAGAAAUAUCUUUAUCUGGUUGAUUCAAAA